GUUUGAAGCAAGGAUGUCAGAGAACAAGAAGGCCCUUGAAAAUGUGAUGACGUUCAGGACAUUGAAAGAGAAUAAAUGGGAUGAGUGGGUGUCUUCGCAUGCACUGAGGAACCUCAGAGAGUCGAAGUGGAAUAAACCUCUUCUUAUCCCCUACUGUGAAGAUGUUGUGAGACUGCACAACCACAUUGACACAGAAAGGCCCAAGUAUCGAUCCAAUCUUGAAACUGCACCAAAUAAGAGGAACUGGUUAAAUCUUGCUAAACUAACACUUUGUGAAGUGAUCGUCUUCAAUCGUAGGAGAGAGGGAGAAGUUUCAAAGAUGUCCUUGAAUGACUUCAUGUUGAGAAACACCUUUGCCAGUAAUCCAGAUCUUGAUCUUGCCUUGACUGACAUGGAAAAGAAGCUCUGCAAAUACUUUGAGCGUGUGGAAAUCAAAGGUAAGCGGGACAGAAAGGUCCCUGUCUUACUCAGCCCAGACAUGGUGUCCUCCAUACAGAUGCUGGUGAGAUAUCGACGACAAUGUGAUGUGCCAGAUGAGAAUGUGUAUUUGUUUGGUAGACCUGAGGCAGAAAGUCACCUCAGAGGAUCUGAUGCCAUCCGUGCUAUUGCAUGUGAAUGCGGGGUGAAGGACCCUCAAACGUUGACAUCAACAAGAUUAAGGAAACAAAUGGCAACAAUGUCACAAGUUCUAAACUUGAAAGAGAAUGAGGAGGACUGCCUUGCAGGUUUCAUGGGUCACAACAUCAGGGUCCAUCGACAAUAUUAUCGGCUCCCUGAAGGGACAUUACAAGUUGCGAAAGUUGCAAAGUUGCUUAUGGCCUGUGGAAGAGGAGAGCUAUCAAAAUUUAAAGGCCUGACAUUGGACGAGAUCAACGUUGAUCCAAAUGAGGAAGUACCUGAAGACAGCUCUCUAUCUGGAAGUGAAGAUGAAGAUGUGAUGUCGAGUCUAUCCUCUAACUCAUCAGGUCUAAGACCAGUGAAAAUGACUAGACCCGUUCACAGGACACCUACAGAGGAGGACCAGGAGUCUGAUGCUUCAUCACAGCUAACCAGAGGUAGAUCAAGGAACUGGACAGAGGAGGACCAUGACUCUGAUACCUCAUCACAGCCAUUGAAUCACUGUUUUGAGUCAAGACCUGUGAAGAAGAUGAAACCCACCAAGAGGACACCUAGAGAGGAGGACCCUGAGUCUGGUACCUCAUCACAGCCAAGAAAAGACGAGUCAAGACGUGUGAAGAAGAUGAAACCCACCAAGAGGACAUCUAGAGAGGAGGACCCUGAGUCUGAUACCUCAUCACAGCCAAGAAAAGAUUCAUCAAGAAAGAAGAGGAAGAUGUGGAGCAAAGCAGAAGUCCACGCUGUGGAACAAAAGCUAAUGCACAACAUUAAGACUGGCAAGGUUCCUGGGAAAGCACAGUGUCUUGAAUGUAUCCAUGCAUUCCCAGAUGCACUGAAAGGUAGGACCUGGGAUGCUGUGAAAUACUAUGUGAAAAACCGCAUAGACACCUGGAAACGGCGGUCUACGAGGUAACUGCAAGCUCUUGUUUUGUGUUUGAAAGAGCAACUGUUAAUGCAGCUCUCACCAUUUGAUCUGUUGAUUAGCUGAACCUCAGAGGUCAGCUUUUGAAGUUCUGCUGUUAGAGAGCAGUGAUCUGCUCAGAUUGCACUUUAUUUUAUGCAAUUUAUUUCAUACAUAACAGAAAUUUUUUUGUACUGUUAUGCUUCUUCAAUUCAUGGAUUAGCAAAUGUUUUAAAAAGUUUGUUUAACCCUCACAUAUUGCUCAUAUUCUGAGUCAUAAUUACUCUACACCAGGGCUUCUCAAUUCCAGUCCUCGCACCCCCCUGCCCUGCAUGUUUUAGAUGUGUCCCUCCUUCACCACACCUGAUUUAAAUGAUCAGCUCGGCAUCAAGCUCUGCAGAGGCCUGAUAACGAGACACUCAUUUGAAUCAGGUGUGGU